AUGCCGGACGAUGACGCGCGCGUAGAAUCGUACCGGGUGCCUAAGAUCCCGCCCUUCUGGCGACAGGCCCCGGAGGAUUGGUUUUUGCGUGUUGAAGCGUCGUUUAGAAACGCGAACAUAACCGUCGAUGGUACUAAAGUCGACUACCUUAUCGCUAGCCUCGAUCCAGAGGUCAUAUCGCAUAUCCGAGAUUUGAUUCAGGCGGAUCCACCGCCUGAUAACUUAUACAAAGCGCUCAAAGACAGGAUUCUCGCGACAUUUACGGUCUCACCGGAGGCCCGCUUACGGCAAUUGUUAAAAGCGCAUAAGACCAUUUUGGUUGCAAUGAACGAGCCUGACCCCCAGAAAUUAGCAGAAACCGCGGAUAAUCUUGCGGACAUUAGUAGUCCUAGUUCCGCAGUCGCGGUAGUCGCGCCAAAAGAAUCUAGAAAAUCCCGCUCUAAAGCCCCGUUGAGCGUCGAUGAGCGGUUUGAUAAACUGAAUAAACAGAUGCAAUCUUUGAGCACCGCGUUCGCAAAAAUGCGACGCGAACGGUCCACAUCCCGUACGCGUAAUAAGACUAAGCGUGGUGAUGAAACAGAUAAGUCUGAUGAUAAGACAGGCUACUGUUUCAUUCACCCGUCCCUGCGCGAUAAAAAUACGCCUUCCGGAUUAAAACUUUUCGCAGCUAAUGAUACUGUAAUUGAUACGUUCGGCGAGCGUCUUCUUACUCUAGAUCUAGGCUUGCGGCAUCCUAUCGUGUGGAAGUUUCGCGUAGCGAACGUGCCCUUUGCGAUCCUCGGUGCAGACGUGUUGACGCACUAUAAGUUAGUCGUCAACCUGCACAAGCGUCGUCUGGUCGACAGUGUUACCUCAUUGUCGUCGGCCGGACAAGUACUGGCUGUACCAAAAACUAAAAUUCCUUUGGUCAGUCACGAUAAUAAAUUUGCGGACAUACUUUCAGGAUUCCCUGAGGUUACCGGGAGCGGUCAGGCGCUUUCGCCUGCCGCAUGGGCUGUCGAACACCACAUCGCGACUAACGGUUCUCCCGUCGCUGAGCGACCACGCCGGUUACCCCCCGAUAAGUUAAAGGCAGCGAAGGCUGAAAUUAAAAGGCUGACUGAGUUAGGCAUUUGUAGGCCGUCCAGCAGUCCUUGGGCCAGUCCAAUCCACCUCGUCCGUAAGGGUAACGGUGACUGGCGGCUUUGCGGCGACUAUCGUCGUUUGAAUGCCGUCACAAUUCCGGAUAAGUAUCCGAUACCGUACCUGCACGAUUUUACCUCUAACCUACUAGGUAGAUCGAUUUUCUCUUCCCUUGAUCUCUUCAAGGCCUACCACCAGAUUCCAAUGGCGAAGGCCGAUAUACCGAAGACGGCUGUCAUAACGCCGUUCGGUCUUUUCGAGUUCGUCUCCAUGACAUUCGGUCUAAGGAACGCCGCGCAGACUUUUCAGCGGUACAUCCAUCAUGCCCUACGGGAUCUUGAUUUCGCUUUUGCUUACAUAGAUGAUAUUCUUAUCGCGUCUUCUUCUCUGGAGGAGCAUAGGAAGCAUCUUAGCAUCGUCUUUCAAAAACUCAAGGAAGCUGG